GUUUAUAUACAAUUUAAAAAAAAUAUUCAAUGGAAAGUGACCCGUUACCAUUGCUCAUGAGUAUGAAAUACAAUUUGCUGAAUGUUUCCUUGUCUAUUUCAGUCUUUUCAUAAAGCGUUUUUGAAAAGUCGUAGCGCCAAAAAUUUAAUUAGCACUCUUGAGGGCUUUCUCAAGGUACUUCAGCGAUUCAAAUCCUGAGUUUUUGACUUUCGGUCUAUAGAAAUAAUCACGAUCAUAUUAGGUCUAAAAUGCACAUUAAAAAUUUAUUUAUAUUCAGUCUCCGACUGUAAACUACCUCGACACAAAUCAGUGCCUUUCAUCCCUUGGUUAACAAUCUACUAUUGUGGAAUAGGUACCUUUAGUAAAUCUAGAUCAAAUAAUUGAGCCAUUGUCAAUAGUAUUAGAUCUAGGGCAGUGGUUGAAGGUAGACUAAUCACGCACGCGAUACGGCAAGAACAAUUUGUUAAGAUUUUCCCUGACUUUUAUUGGGUUUUAUCCACGCAAUCGCAAUUACUUAGUUUCGUACCUUGUCAACGUCACAUAAUGAUAUGAGGUCCUUCUGGGUUUCUUUCUGAUUGUUAUACAGACUACACAGACACCACAAUAUAAAGCGUUUACAAAGAGCAGGAGGUCACCGCACAUCCAAUUUUUGAAAAUGCUACUAUUUGAGCAGCACAACCGAGUUGUAUUUUACAUCAUUUUAUACUGUUAAAGGAGAAAACACCAUACAUAAUUGUCAGCGCAAUUGAAGUAACCGGUCGCGCUCCCAUACAAAAGUUGUCCCAUACAAUUUUUGACUCUGUAACUUUGAUUGGACUAGUUAAGAGGUGAACUUAUCAAAAGUCCCCAGCUGUAGCCUUUGGGUGAGGGGGGGAGGGGUUGAAGGUCCUAUUUUUCGGUUUUACACUUAUAUCUUGGAAACUGUGCGUCUUAGCGACACGACUAUUUUACUGUGUUACAUUACAAUAUUGACUCAGAUUAUCAGACAUCGGAUUUUAGGGAGAAAAUUCAAAAGAAAUGUAGGUAGUUCCUAUAUCGAUUACCUCGAUUAUCGAUGAUACUGUGUCUUGACAUGGCAUUUUCAGGGCCUUAUUUACACUUCCUACUAGCUUCCCGCAUAUUUAUCUUUAAAUUUAUCUUUGCUCAAGCUGCAUCUCCUUUCAGGAUGAAGUCCAUCCUCAUCACCAUCGCCGUCCUCUUCACGCUGGUACUGGCAGAGAGUGAGAAGUACACAGAAAAGUACGACUCCUUAGACAUCGACGCCAUCAUCGGCAACAAGCGACUGAUGGCUGCAUACGUCAGAUGUGUGUUGGAGAAAGGCAAAUGCACGCCGGAGGGCCGGCUUCUCAAAGCACACAUCACCGACGCUCUGCAAACCGGCUGUUCCAAAUGCACCAUUGCACAGAAAGGAGGUAUGCGCAAAGUGAUCCACCACCUCAUCAAGGAAGAGCCUGAAGCCUGGGAGGCCCUGCUCGACAAAUAUGACCCUAAGAAGGUUUACGUACACAAGUACCAUCAUCAACUGAAUUCUGUGUUAGAGGAAUAGGUUUCCAAGCGUGUUAGAGCUCUUACAACCGUGAUAUAGUUUAAGUAUCAAAUAGUAUUG